AUGGCAGAAUUGCCAGGAACUUCACGUGAUGUCAGUAUGGGUGAUAGUGACCUUGACAGUGGCGCGUCGGACGAGUCAGGAGACAGUGACCUUGACGCUGCGCAGGCGCACCAGACCCCUUUACCGGACGACAUAGAGGACCUCUAUAGUGAUGGUGAGGAGGAUGAAAACAGGUUAGAAAAAGUUAACCUUUUGAUUAGCAGCUUCAACAGCGUCAUGAGUAAUGUGUACCAGCCUGGAAAGGAACUCUCUAUUGAUGAGAGUAUUAUGUUGUGGCGGGGACGGUUGUAUUUCCGUCAGUACAUUAAAAAUAAAAGGCACAAGUACGGUCUUAAGAUUUACUCCUUAUGUGAGCCAGAUGGCCUAUGUCUGAAAUUUACAAUCUACUCGGGGAAAGGAGGAGAACUGAUCGGUGUUGGCCAUGGCAACAAAGUGGUGAUGUACCUAAUGAGGCAUCGAUUGGGUGUAGGGCACUCGCUUUAUAUGGAUAAUUACUACAAUAGUGUUCCACUUGCGGCAGAGCUAUUGAGGGAGUCAACAUAUUGCACAGGAACGCUCAGAGCUGACCGCAAGUACCUGCCUCGAGAAGUUACUACAGCUGUGCUCAGGACUGGAGAGACUGUAGCGAGAUACGCAGAGGGCAUAGCAGUCGGUAAGUGGAAAGACAAAAGGACUGUUAUGUACAUUUCCACCGAAUUUCAAAACACCAUGGCUGUCUCCAACAACAGAAGAGGGGUUCCGAGGCAGAAACCCUUGGCCAUUGUUCACUACAACGCCGAAAUGUCUGGGGUCGAUCGCCAUGACCAGAUGAUGGCGUACUACCCCUGUGAACACAAGUCGCUCAGGUGGUAUAAGAAGGUGUUUGUGCACAUCUUGCAGAGGGGCAUGAUAAACGCGUUUCGGCUGUACAGGAAGGCCAACCCUACUUCAAAGAAAUCUUUGUACGAUUUCAGGCUGAAUGUAAUUCGGGCUCUGUUGCCUCCAAAGGAAAACUUGCAAUUGCGUCCUGUUCAGCGGAAUGCAAGCAGGCAUGUACUGUCAAAAAUCACGAAGCAGACCAACAAGACCCGAGUAACGAGGAAGCGUUGCAGACAAUGCGCAAAAGAAGGGAACGAGACACGCACAAUAUACUUUUGUGCGCAGUGUGAAGGCGAACCAGGUCUGUGUGCGUUGGCCUGCUUUGAUAAGUGGCACGCAUAA